CAUCCCUAGAAGAGACAAAGAGAAAGGGAGAAGUGGUAGCAUCAGUGCAUUCCACGCUGUUCAAAGAAUCAGAAAGCCUUGAUGGAAAGUGUGCUAAGAUUGAAGGCUAUGAUUUCAACCAUGGCGUUAACUACCCGCUACUACUGAGGUCCAUGGCCACCACUGGGUUUCAGGCUUCGAAUCUCAGUGAUGCCAUCCAAGUCAUUAAUCAAAUGCUAGAUUGGAGGCUAGUUGAUGAAGCCGUGACUGAGGACUGCAGUGACCAUGAGAGGGAUUUGGAGUACCGAAAAUCUGUGACUUGUAGAGUGUUUAUGGGUUUCACUUCUAAUCUUAUUUCCUUUGGUGUUAGAGACAUUGUUCGGUUUCUUCUUCACCAUCGAGUUACUUUCCCUUGUUCGGAGGCCAAUUCAAGCCUUUCCAAUGGUGGCAUUGAAGAUCUUAUAAAGUGCCUUGCACCAACAUUUAUAGGAGAUUUAUCUCUGCCUGGGGCGUAUCUACGCUCAAAAGGGUUGAAUCGGAUUGGAGGUGGCCUUCCAAAAUAUCACAUUUGCAAUGCCAAUAUGAUGCGUAAUGGGGCAGACUAUGCUGUUUUUAUCAACACUGCACAAGAAUAUGAUGGUAGUGAUUCUGGAGCUCGUUCCGAUGAAGCUGUUUCAUGGGGGAAAAUACGUGGAUCUGUUAAAACUGUCAAGGUCCACUGUGAUGCAACGAUAGCAUUCCCUCUGCUGGUUGCUGAAACUUUUGCUACAAGAGUUAAACCUCACCAUUGAUGGAGCCUAAAAACGAAUUCACUCUCAAGUUUGAUUUAGUUGUUUCAUGAUUGACGAUAUCGAAGUUUCAGUUUGCUGUGGAUGCUUAACAUGGCAAUCAUUUGAUUCUCCUGUUGUACAUAGCAGACGACACAAUGCUGGCCUUUUCAACCAUUCCAAAGUUAUCCACUGGUCCUGACCGUGUGGAAGUCGGAAUUUGUAGAUGUAGUUAUAAUUUUUCACCAGAGAUGAUUGUACUACUAUAGUGUUUAGGUCAAAUAAAUCUUGAAAAAACUAACUGAUCGUGUACGUUAUUUAUCAUUUUUCUAAA